AUGAAACUGGCGCUUAAGGGUCCAGUACCUGGUCUUCAACCUCAAUUUUUCUUUGGUAAUUUAUUGCAAACUGGUAUUCUGUCCGGUAAACCCCUUUUCCAAGUAUGGUCGGCAUUUCAACAGAAGUACGGCGAUGUGUUUCAAUGGUAUUUCGGACAACAACGAGUUCUUCUAUUCAAUCGUAUAGAGCAUGCACAAUAUAUUCUGGGUAAUCGUCAGUUAUAUGAUUUGUCGGUCUUGACCGAAAAAACGUUCGGUCUCUUAUUUCCGCGCAGCCUAUUAGCAAUAAAGGGUUCUAUGUGGAAGCGACAUGCUCGUGUUAUGUUGCCGAUGUUGAAAAAAGCUAAAAUUGUACCCUAUUUACAAACAAUUGUAGAUUGUAUUGAUAAUUUAAUUCAGAAAUGGCGCGAUGAAUCACAAAAUCACUUGUAUACAAACAUAGUAAAUGACGCACAAGACUCUCUGCUAAAUGUAAUCGGCAUAAUCGCUUUUGAUUAUGAUCUAAAAAAUUCAACAAUGGUGCAUGCGUUUAACGAUGUAAUAAGCGUUAGUACCACUUUAAUCUUACUUGGUGGUCUACCUGAGUUCAUGGGCCGUCUCUAUUUAAGAUUCAAUUCGAAAUAUCAGAGGGGCCUUCAACUCCUCAGGCAACAUAUUAAUGAUAUAAUCAAACAAGAACAACAACGAAUCAAGAAUAAUGGAACUGAGAAUAGACGAAAAAAUCUUGUAUCGCUACUUGUGUCAUCGUUAGUCGAGGAUAACGAAAUUUUAAAUGAUGACAGUAAACAGGGUUUGACACGUGAUGAACUAUUCGACGAAGUUUUUCUAUCCGUAUUGGGUGGAUUUGAAACAUCGGCAACAACAAUUUCAUGGUUCAUUUACUAUAUGAGUAAAUAUCCUGACAUACAACAAAGAAUAAAACAAGAAUUGAGAUCGAAAAAUAUCACUCAAUACACAGUUUUAACAUCGGAGCUAGUGGAUGAAUUAGUUUAUGUUGACUGUGUCAUGAAAGAAUUAUUUCGUUUCGCCCCAGUCCAACCAGGAGUAGGUCGAAGUGCUCAAGAAGACGAUGAAAUUGAUGGUAUUAAAAUAAAACGAGGCGAUGUUGUUCUUAUAGGAACACAUAAUAUACACCACGAUAAGCGUGUAUGGUCAUUGGACCCAGACAAAUUCAUACCAGAGAGAUUUCUACAAGAAGAUAAAACAUAUCCUCCAUAUGCCAUGCUUCUGUUUGGUGCUGGACAUCGGGCGUGCGCUGGACAGGACCUUGCACGUUUUGAACUGAAAUUAAUAAUAGUGCGUUUAAUGCAAUUUGUGACAUUUAUCGACGGUGGUAAGGACAAUUCGGGAGGAUAUCUUCAGCGUAUCACCGUUAUUCCAAAACAUUUGGCCGUUUAUAUGAAGUUUGAUACGACAUAA